UCGCGCAGCGAUCGUCUUAAGCUACAUAUCGUUUGAGGGCUCAUAAAAAGCGAAAGACACAAAAAACUAAACCUUCUUGCCAAAUUAAAAAGACUGCGCACCAAAGUUAACAAAAUAAAUGAAAUAAAUAACGAACGAAACGAGAAAAAAAAAGAUUAAUAAAACUUCGUUCACGUUGCGCUUGCGUGCAAGUGCAGCCGUGUGUGUGUCCGUUUAUUUUCGUGUGUUGCCAACCGCAGCGAAAAUCAGUUUUUUCUGCACUUGACCUUUAUUCAUAUUAUUGGUCAAAAGCUUGAUUAAUUGCCACACAAAAAACUUAAUAAAGUUUGCUUAAAAACUCUAAACAAAAAUUACUGUCAAUAUAAAAUAAGUAAACAAACAACAGUUAGCACAUAACUAAAAUAAGCAUGGCGUGCGAGUGCUCAAAGCCUUCGGGCACCUUGGAUCACAUCAUCAACACCCUCAAGUGCUCGACCAUGAUAUGCGAGGGCACACACUUCGAUGGGCAGAUACCACACACCUUUGUGGUCUUUGGUGCAUCGGGCGAUCUGGCUAAGAAGAAGAUAUACCCGACAUUAUGGUGGCUAUAUCGCGACGAUCUGCUGCCAAAGCCAACGAAAAUUUGCGGCUAUGCGCGCUCCAAGAUGACUGUGGCCGAACUGAAGGCACUCUGCGAAGCCUACAUGAAGGUGCAACCGAGCGAGGAAACGAAAUAUCAGAAAUUCUGGAGCUUGAAUAAUUAUAUUUCUGGGCCUUACGAUGAAGCAUCUGGCUACCAGGCGCUCAACCAGCACAUGGAGAAAAUUGAGAAUAGACUCAAUGCGAAUCGACUCUUCUAUUUGGCAUUGCCGCCCACAGUCUACAAUCAGGUGACGUUCAACAUCAAGCACCAUUGCAUGUCCAAGUGCGGCUGGAAUCGUGUGAUCGUUGAGAAGCCUUUCGGACGGGACGAUGUUACCUCGAAGGCGCUGAGCGAUCAUCUGGCCGGUCUGUUCGAGGAGGAGCAACUGUACCGCAUCGAUCACUAUUUGGGCAAGGAGAUGGUACAGAACCUGAUGACCAUACGGUUCGGCAACAAGAUAUUGAGCUCGACAUGGAAUCGGGAAAAUAUCGCCUCCGUCUUGAUCACGUUUAAGGAGCCGUUCGGCACCCAGGGCCGUGGGGGCUACUUCGAUGAAUUUGGCAUCAUACGCGACGUGAUGCAGAAUCACUUGCUGCAGAUACUGUCGCUGGUGGCCAUGGAGAAGCCAUGCAGCUGCCAUCCGGAUGAUAUACGUGACGAGAAGGUCAAGGUGCUGAAGUGCAUCAAGCCCUUGGAGCUGAGCGACAUGGUAUUGGGCCAGUACGUGGGCAAUCCCGCAGCGAAGACGGCCGAGGAGCAGUCUGGCUAUUUGGACGAUCCCACGGUUAGUAAAACAUCGACCACGCCCACCUAUGCCAUGGCCGUCAUUCAGAUCAACAACGAGCGCUGGCAGGGCGUUCCGUUCAUACUGCGCUGCGGCAAGGCCUUGAACGAGCGCAAGGCCGAGGUGCGCAUCCAGUACCAAGAUGUGCCCGGCGACAUCUUCGAGGGCAAUUCGAAGCGCAACGAGCUGGUCAUACGCGUGCAGCCGGGCGAGGCGCUCUACUUCAAGAUGAUGACCAAGAGUCCGGGCAUUACGUUCGACAUUGAGGAGACCGAAUUGGAUCUAACCUACGAGCAUCGCUAUAGGCAUUUCGUGCUGCCGGACGCCUACGAGCGUCUCAUACUGGAUGUCUUCUGUGGCUCCCAAAUGCAUUUCGUGCGCUCCGACGAGCUGCGCGAGGCGUGGCGCAUCUUCACGCCCAUCCUGCACAAGAUCGAGCACGAGCGGAUCCCACCGAUACCCUAUCCGUACGGCUCCCGCGGACCCGCCGAGGCGGAUCGCAAGUGCGUCGAGAGCAACUUUAUCUAUUCUGGAUCCUACAAAUGGCAUGGCAAUAAGACCGAUGCGUCGCAUCUUUAAUCCCGGACUCCAUGGACUCUUUGGUGUUUAUGUUUUAUCAUUAACCAAUCCUUUAUGAAUGCACUAUAUAU